CCUCCUCCUCCUCCUCCUCCUCCUCCUCCUCCUCCUCCUCCUGCUGUCCCAGCUCUGGAGAGCGAAGGGGCAGAGCCCGGCGCGGGGGUGAGGGAGGGAGGAGCUUCCCGGGAAAUCUCCGAUCCCCUCGGAUCCCGUUCUCCGCCCUCCCCGCCAAGUUAAAGGGGAAGAGCCGAGGAUGGUGGAGAACUCUCCGGCCCCGCUGCCAGAAAGGGCAAUCUAUGGAUUUGCGCUUUUUCUGGGCUCGUGGUUUGGCUUCAUUUUGUACCUGAUCUGGGCUUAUAUUCCUGAAACUUGGCUGUUCUCCCUGGGACUGACAUACUGGCCUCAAAAGUACUGGGCAGUUGCUCUGCCAGUUUAUCUCCUGGUGGCUGUGGGAAUUGGGUAUAUUUUGCUUUUUGGGAUUAACAUGAUGAGCACAGCUCCGCUCAACUCCACUCACACCAUCACAGAUAACUUUGCAAAAAAGCAGCAGCAGAAGAAAUUCCAAGAGGAGGCAAUUCCAGCUCUGAGGGAUAUUCCCAUCAGUGAGGUCAACAGGAUGUUCUUCCUCCCUGAAAAAGGGAUCUGCAAUAGCAGAUAGUUGUUACUAAAAUCUGUGUGAACAGAGAAUUAAUCAAACUUAAAGAGGGACAGUUUAAAACUAAAAACAGUUAAAAAGUUAAAAAAUAUUUUUUCAAUUAUUAUUAUUAAUAUGCACCUUCAUACUCUGAAUUGCUGUGAGAAUUAUGCCCCAAUAAUUUAUCUGGUUAUUCUGUAAGAAUUUAAAAAAGUAGGUUUAAAAGUGUUCUGUUACUUGAAGCUUUCUGCUUGGACUUCCCCUCUGAGAGGGGAAAAAAAAGCAGCUUUUGGACAGAGUUAUUUCCAUUUCUCUUGCAAUUCAGGGAGAGAAAAUGUGUUUUGUGCAGUCAGACGCUUGGGGAUCUUUUUAAAUUAUUAAUUGGAAGUGUUUGUGUUGUAAAUAUAUUAUUUGCCUUUGUAAAUAUUAGAAAAAUGUGGUUGAUUUCUCCAUGUUCAUCAUUUUCCUGUGGUUCUGGGAGAUUUCUCCUGGGUUAAGGUGUAUAACACUCCAUUUUCCUUCACACAAUUCUUUAUUCAGCCAAAUCUACUGAUCCCCCACCCCCCAAAAUUAUCAGAUUUACUGAGUUACCAGAACAUUAAAUAAAGGUGGGCUGUGAAGAUUUGCUGAAACAAGUCUUGAAAUUACUUUUUUAAACUUAUUUUUAAGAAUAUUGUUAAGGAAAUAGCUGGAAAUUCAGGAACUGGCAGGUCCAUGCUGUUAAAUCCCAAGGUUAAGUGGUUCAGAUGUUUUUUUAAACAGUGAAUUUCACUUUUUUUUGUUGUUGUUGUUGUUUAUCUCCUUUCUCCCAAGUGUCACAAAUGCAGUUAUCUCCAGGACUCAAUGUUCUUUAGGCCCAGUGAAUAGUUAUAUUAAUGAUAUCAUUAUAUAAUUAAUCUUUAAUUAAAUAUAUUUAAGAUUAGUUACAGAAUUGAUAAUUUAUGAAGCCUGUAACCAACUGCAGCAGAGAAUUUAGGUAAAAAUGUUAUUAUUUCAUUAAAAGAAAAUAAAUUUUUGAGGAUUUGUGUGAAAAAUCAUAGGCCAAUUCUUUUGAAAUCUGUCACCAUGAUCAUCAGUUGCUCUGGAAAGUUUUAAGGCUUGGUACCAAUCACUUUGAUAUAAAUAUAAAUCUGUAGUUGGUUGGGUUUUCUGCCUAAUUUGAAGGAAAAAUCUCUAUAUUUGGUAUUCCAGGUAGGAUUAAAACUCCUCCUUAUUGAAGGAAAUAAAUGGUUUUGAAUAUUUCAUUUGGAAAUAGUGAAUUUUAGGUGUAUUGGCACCUGGGGGCAUUGUAUAAAAAUUAAUUUGUGUCUAAAUUAGAGCAGCAUUGAUUUGUGUGGUAAAAUUUAACUCAUUAAUGAAGCUUCAGGGUUUAUUUUGCUGUUGUUUCUCAACCCUGCCACGAUGCUGUCCUUUUACUAAUUUUAAUUAUUUUCAUUAAUUAUAUCAUUUCCAUUAAAUCAUGAUUUUAUGCCCAGCAGACACAAAGAUGUGUUUACUCUUUUGUCACUCCUCCAAUCCCAUUCCAGACAUUGAA